UUUUUUUUUUUUCAAUUUCAUUCUCUCAGUAGCCUGCUAAAUUGGUUGAAGUGCUCUAGAGAAAGAAAAAGACAGAGAGAGAGAGAGGAUGAUCGCUGACGGAGUUGAAGACGAAGAAAAAUGGCUCUCCGCUGGGAUCGCCGGCCUUCAACAGAAUGCUUUCUACAUGCAUCGCGCUCUCGAUUCCAACAAUUUGAAGGAUGCUCUCAAAUACUCCGCUCAGAUGCUUUCGGAGCUGCGUACUUCGAGGCUUUCCCCUCACAAAUACUACGAACUAUAUAUGAGGGCUUUUGAUGAAUUGAGGAAGUUGGAAAUCUUUUUCAAGGAAGAGACAAGCCGUGGCUGCUCGAUCGUUGAGCUUUACGAGCUUGUGCAGCACGCCGGCAACAUCUUGCCCAGACUAUAUUUGCUCUGUACCGUGGGUUCUGUUUACAUAAAAUCCAAAGAAGCUCCUGCAAAGGAUGUUCUUAAAGAUCUUGUAGAAAUGUGUCGUGGAAUCGAGCAUCCUCUGCGUGGGCUCUUUCUAAGGAGUUAUCUGUCUCAAGUCAGUAGAGAUAAACUGCCUGACAUUGGUUCUGAAUAUGAAGGGGAUGCUGAUACUGUCAUGGAUGCUGUUGAGUUUGUGCUCCAAAAUUUCACUGAAAUGAACAAACUUUGGGUCAGAAUGCAACAUCAGGGACCUACACGGGAAAAGGAUAAAAGAGAAAAGGAAAGGAGUGAGCUACGUGAGCUUGUUGGUAAAAACCUUCACGUUCUCAGCCAGAUUGAGGGGGUUGACCUUGAAAUGUACAAAGAAAUUGUGCUUCCCAGACUGUUGGAGCAAAUUAUUAACUGCAAGGAUGAGCUUGCACAGUAUUACUUGAUGGAUUGCAUAAUUCAAGUCUUCCCUGAUGAAUACCACUUGCAGACUCUUGAAACCUUAUUAAAUGCGUGCCCUCAACUUCAGUCUUCUGUUGAUGUGAAAACAGUGCUUUCUCGUCUAAUGGAAAGGCUUUCAAAUUACGCUGCUACUGGUGGAGAAGUCUUAACUGAAUUUUUUCAAGUGGAAGCUUUUGCAAAACUGAACAAUGCCAUAGGCAAGGUGAUAGAAGCACAAGACAGUCUGCCUAUUGCUGGAGUAGUAACUUUAUAUGCAUCUCUUUUGACAUUUACUCUACAAGUACAUCCUGACCGGCUUGAUUAUGUUGAUCAAAUCCUGGGCGCAUGUGUAUUAAAACUUUCAGAAAGAGAAAAACUUGAUGAUAACAAAGCAACAAAACAGAUAGUUGCACUUCUAAGUGCUCCACUCGACAAAUAUAAAGAUAUAGACACUGCAUUAAAGCUGUCUAAUUAUCCCCGUGUUAUGGAGUUUCUAAAUGAUGGAACAAAUAAAGAGAUGGCCAAUGUUAUUAUACAAAAUAUAAUGAAAAACAAGACUCGCAUUUCAACUGCUGAGAAGGUGGAUGCAUUGUUUGAAUUGAUAAAGGGGCUCAUUAGGGAUUUAGAUGAAGUUCAUAAUGAUGAGCUUGAUGAGGACUUUCAAGAGGAGCAGAAUUCUGUUGCACGUCUUAUACAAAUGCUGCACAGUGAUGAUCCAGAAGAGAUGUUGAAGAUAAUCAAUACUGUGAGGAAGCAUAUUUUGACCGGAGGAGCAAAGAGGCUUCCAUACACGGUCCCUCCACUUAUAUUUGAUUCUCUAAAGCUAGUACGGCGACUAGAAGGCCAGGAUGAAAGUGCAUCGGGCGAUGAAGCAUCAACUACACCAAAGAAGAUCUUUCAGAUAGUGGCACAGACAAUCGAGGCUUUGACAAGUAUUCCAGCACCUGAACUGGCUUUAGCAUUGUAUCUGCAGUGCGCUGAGGCUGCAAAUGACUCUGACCUAGAACCUGUGGCAUAUGAAUUUUUCACCCAAGCUUAUAUUUUAUACGAAGAAGAAAUUACGGAUUCAAAAGCUCAGGUGACUUCCAUACACCUAAUAAUAGGAACACUCCAGCGGAUGCAUGUCUUUGGGGUUGAGAAUCGAGAUGCGUUAACACACAAGGCCACUGGGUAUUCUGCAAAGUUGUUGAAGAAGCCAGACCAAUGUAGAGCUGUUUAUGCAUGUUCACAUAUGUUCUGGCUUGAUGAACACGAUAGUAUCAGAGAUGGAGAGAGGGUCUUGCUUUGCUUAAAGCGUGCCAUAAGAAUUGGAAAUGCUGUUCAGCAAAUGUCGAAUGCAACUAAAGGCAACAGUGGAUCAGUCGUACUUUUUAUAGAGAUACUGAACAAGUAUCUCUACUUCUACGAGAAAGGAGUUGCACAGAUAACCGUCGAAUCGAUCCAAGGCCUGAUUGAAUUGAUCCGAAGCGAGAUGCAAGGUGACGGUUCAUCAUCAGAUCCAGCGGCAGAUGCUUUCCUUGCAAGCACACUGCGUUAUAUACAGUUCCAAAAGGACAAAGGUGGUGCGGUGGGGGAGAAAUAUAAGCUCAUAAUUGUAUAAUUCUUGAGAGUUUUUUCGGAAUUAAAUUUUCAUAGCUAAAUAUAAAAGUAUAACCGGUGGAGGCAAAACCCAAUUUGGAUUCUUCCGACACCCGGAGAAUGUGUCAGCCUUUCUUUUGGCUGAAUGAAAAAGUGUGGCUGGCUGGCUCGACAAAUGCUAACAUCCAUGGAGCACUGCUACAUGAAGUGUUGAUACUUGUAGUAAUUUUCUUCGGUAAUAAUGUUUGACAUCGUUUGAGAGAGUAUGUCUGAAUUGUCGAAAUAUUAUUGUUCACGGAAUUAUGUAACAUCCUUGGUACAUAUAUUUUUUUUUUAUCUGUAAUUUUAUCUGUAUCCAAAGUUUUUACCGAGUGUUGCUUAGUUGAGGCAUGGGAAGGCUUGACGCUAAGAAGUCUCUUGACGGUUUUGUAUUCGAGUUUUUUUUUUUCUCCCUAAUGAAGCAUUUGCGUUACUGUA